UCAGCUGGUGCAUCCUUUUUGGAACUAUACUCUUCCUACUAGAAUAUUAUUUCUACAACAGAUAGAGCUUGGUUUCCAAUAACUUGGACUCUUCCGACGAUGAGGGGCUCUAAAAUAUUGGAUUCUUUUGUGUACCAAAGCAAUUUGAAUAUCGAACUCACUUACAUAUUGAAUGGGAUCUGAGAAUGGCUACUACUCCAGAGCCAUCCUUGGCUGCCUUGACGAACCAAAACGAUGCUUUGUGGGAAGAAGCGUAUGAGAAGUUCAAGCGCGAUGAUCCAGAACUGUAUGAGCGAUUGCAAUCGAUCAUAAGCAAGGACCCCAAUGUCAAAAGUAGUGUAGGACAAGAGCAACAGCUCGGUGAUCUCCUUCUCAGAAAACGUCGUAUCAUGGAGGAUAAACAGUGGGUAUUUUAUUGGCGCAAGAAAGCCAUCAAAAUUGGACCGCAGUUUGACAAGAUUGUCAAAAUUUUCGUACUGGUCAAGCCUAUUGGUGAUACUGUGGCCGCACUUGAUCCAGUUCAUGCGGGAAUUCCCUGGGCUUGCGUUUCGGUUUUAUUGCCGGUAAGUAUGGUGUUAAUCUAUAUGGCUUGAGCUGACUUUUCAUAGCUCAUUUUAAACCAUUCUGAGGAACAAGAGGCGGCACUGAAUGGGUUGCAAAAAGUGGUAGAGAUUGUUCAACAAUUUACUUCAUUCGAUUGGGAUCAUCUUAAUAUCCCGAAAGAAAAAUCCGAGAAGCAACUGAAGGAAUCUAUCGUGACAUUGUACUGGAAAAUACUUCGCUAUCAGGCGACAGCCAUACACAAUUUUAGCAGACACACAUUAUGUACGAGACUCACAACUCAUAUAAGUUUAAGCUAACAUCUUGAAUAGCAAGAUAUGCUGCAUCUAUUGCCAGGAAGGAUGACUGGAAGACUUUGCUCAGCGAUGUCGAGGUUUACAAGAACAAUUUCAUGACCGACCUUCAAUUGAAUGACUCCCAAAGUAAGAUGUAUUCAUCCUUCCCGUAUUACUAUUGAAAAAGACGCUCAUUGCUAUCAAAUACGAAGACCAGAAACGUUUCGAAUCUGAACUAAGAGAGCUGAUACUGGGACUGGACAGAACAGACGAAAGUGAGUCAACCUGGUAUAGCAUUACGAUAUCCCUACUAACACUCCAUGUGUCUCUAGAGAACCUUGAAAUAAUUCAGUGGGUAUCUGAUAAACCAUACAUCUCCCAGCAUUACACCGCUAGACAAUUACUCGCGCAGUAUCCCCAUGCUGGGGAAUGGAUUAUCGAGAAAUAUACCAGAUGGUUAGAUAGUGCUGAGGCACCUACUUUCUGGAUACGUGGAACGAGUGAGCUUCUCAUUUGUUAAUUAGUUUUCCUAGGUUCAUGCUAAUAUGAUAAUGUUAGUUGGAACGGGGAAGACAUCUAUUAUGUGAGUUCUGCUACUUUCAUUUGUUUAUUUUAGGUGUUCAACAGUCCGAAGUGCAGUCAUCAUCUUGAAGAUUUACACUUGUUCAAUUACUGAAAGUCUAAAUCUGCUCUGCCAAUCUGGAUUAUUGUGUACCAUGUUCGACGUCUGUGUACAGUACAUCUAACAGUUACUCAAGAUCCACUAUUGUUGAGUCGUUCUAUUCCGAUAUUGCCCGGCAAGAUGAGAAGCGCAUGGUAUAUUUCUAUUGCAUCUCGCCAACAACAUCAAGCGACGUUAUUCGAAGCCUUGUAUCCCAGUUAGCAUGGAAAUUAGACGGCAACGCGAUAGAACCAAAUAUUAUUAGUAUGUUCAAUGCUACGAAACCACCUAACCCUACUAUGCCAAAACCUGAGGACUGGUCCGACGCGCUUCUAAAACUAUGUCAACGACUCAGCAAGGUCAUCAUCGUUAUUGACGCCCUUGACGAAUGCAAAGACUUCAGUAAGCUUUUGACAACACUAAAAAAAAUCCAAGUCAAGCAACUUGAUUGUGUCAAGUUAGUUUUCUCCAGUCGAUUAAAUGUUGAUGUGGAGAAGGUAUUCUCCAACCCAGAUGGCGUUAUUUUAGCCGUUGAAGAUACAUCGCGGGAUAUGUCUACAUACAUUGAGAACGAAGUAAGAGCUAAAGAGGAAGAUAUUGAAUGUGACGACGAGACAGCCAAACGACAGAUUAUUGAUCGGAUAGUGCUUGUUUUAACGAAAUUCGCAGGUGGAAUGUAGGUUUUAUGACUGACUAACACAUUCAACGGAGCUAACAGAGUCUUAGGUUCAAAUGGGUAACCCUACAACUAGCAAUCAUGUUUCCGAUUGAGACACAAACCUUCCUACCAGAAAACAUCGAGAUUCAGCUGCUGAAUAUAAAAGAUCGAAAUCUAUCUUUGGAGCAAUCCUUGAACGAUGCAUACGAAACGGUUUACACGAUGAACACCAAGCCGGGGGCCUACAACGCCAGCGUCUUUAAGUCAGUCUGUAAGUGGCUACUGUGUUGCAAAACGCCACUGCCCGCGGAGGAAGUUCUCAAAGUCAUUGAGAUUUCCUUAGAUCAUGAUCCUAAACUUCAGAAAAUAGCACGUAGUCCGUUAAGCACAAAAAUUGUUUUACAUGUAAGAUGAAUACUUGUUAUGUUGGAUUUGAAGAUGGAUACUGACCUCGUAUUCACUAGUGCUGUAGCAAUUUUGUUAUUCAGAGCUCAGAAGGCACAUUUCGAUUUGCCCAUUUAUCUGUUGAGGAGUACCUUAUUAACCAUUGCGGGUUCAAAGUCGAGUUCCAAACUGAGGAAUGUCACUUAUUCGUGAUGAAGAUGUGCUUAAAUCUGUUGGUACAGAAAAGAGUCAAUUCAGGCACAAAAUCAGGGCUCAAACGCGGCUCGGUGGCUUCCGCCAUAAAAAAAGACGUUGAUGCUCCCCCCAAGAGCCGACCAAUUUUCUAGCCUAUUCCGUCUCUUAUUGGGCUUAUCACUCCAAUAAAGCAACAUCGGAGAGACGAUGUAAAGAUCUCCUAUAUAAGCGUUUUACUCUUGGAGCCACGAUAAGCCCUUCGCUCCAGUGGUGGUACACUCAAAUUGAUGCCGGCAACUACUCAGGAAGCACACGAUAUCACAUCAUGGAUAUUGCA